AUGACGCCUCUGGACAAGGAGCAAAUCGAAGGCCUGGUGAGUGCUCAUCCUUCUCCCACACCGCCUUGCACGUGCGUGAGGGUACCUGCGUCUGAUGCGCGGCACCAUCCGUCGAUCAUAGGCUCAGAUCCAGCAAGAAACACCUGAACUGCUGUGAGAGAACGUGGCGGCUGACGGUCAUGUCUCUUGUGUAGCGUGCCAUCAGAGCAUUCCUCAAAGUCCGCACCAGCUACGAUGUCCUCCCCCUCAGCUACCGUCUCAUCGUCUUCGAUACCUCGCUGCUGGUCAAGAAGAGCCUGAACAUCCUCACGCAAUGCGGUGAGUAGGACCUCGACUACGACAUUAUCACAAUACCCCAUCCGAGACAUCAUACUGACUAGCGGAAAGGCAUCGUCUCUGCGCCAUUGUGGGACUCCAAGACUUCGACCUUCGCGGGCCUCCUCACCACCUCCGACUAUAUCAAUGUGGUGCAGUACUACUGGCAGAACCCCGAUGCGCUGCAACAGGUCGACCAGUUUCGCCUCAACAGUCUGCGAGAGAUUGAGCGAGCCAUAGGAGUCUCCCCGAUCGAGACAGUCUCCAUCCACCCACUCCAGCCACUCUACGAUGCCUGCCGCCGCAUGCUCGCCUCUCGCGCCCGUCGCAUCCCUCUGAUCGAUCUUGACGAUGAGACACAGCGAGAGAUGGUGGUGAGCGUCAUCACUCAGUACCGCAUCUUGAAGUUCAUCUCGGUCAACGUCAAAGAGACGCAGAACCUGCGGAAGCCCUUGAAAGAUCUCAAUGUCGGCAGUUAUAAGAACUUGGCCACGGCGACGAUGGAUACGCCGGUCAUGGACUGCAUUCAUAUGCUGGUGAAGAAGAGCAUAUCGAGCGUACCGAUCCUGGACAGGGACGGAACCGUGCUCAAUGUGUUCGAGGCCGUGGACGUCAUCACUCUUAUCAAGGGCGGUGAAUAUGAGACGAACUUGAACUUGACCGUGGGCAAGGCCCUCGAGAAGCGAUCUGAUGUAAGCCUGCAGCCCUCCAUCCGUGGAUAGAAGGCAAUGAACUGACACAUCCGACAGGACUUUCCGGGCAUCUACACCUGCACCCUCAACGAUCGCCUGGAUACGAUCUUCGACACAGUACGCAAAUCGCGAGUCCAUCGCCUGGUGGUGAUUGAUGAAGCGAACCAGCUCAAAGGACUGCUAUCGUUGAGCGAUAUCCUGGAAUACACGCUCAACAGUCCGCUGGGUGAUGAACAUGAGCAAUGA